GCCCCUGUUGGCUCCGCCGGCUCCGCGCCCGGGCUUUAUCUCGGCCCGCUCAGAACCCGCGGCCUCUGUGUCCUUGAGCGUGCAGCGGGCGGGAAACCGGCACCGUCAGGGCGCAUAUGCACCUCCUGCGCCUGUCGGGUCAGAGGUCAUGAGGAAGGUCGGGGAAGGAGCCGGGUUGGGUGCCUGGCCCUAAAGUCAGCGGUCAAAAGAAAUGGUCCCGCUAGAGGUCACAGUUCACGAGAGGGGCACUUUUGGCCUCGGCUAAGUGCCAGGUUCUGGGCUAAACCCUUGGCAUCUUCGAGCCUCCUCCAUUCUCGUGACCUCCCAUUUCACAAGUGAGAAAACCCAAGGUUACUUGGCAGGCUGGGAGACAGUUCCAGAAGGACCUUGAUGCUGGGGAGAGGAAUUUGAUCUUGAGGGUUAUUUAAGCCUUUAAAAGGUUCAGCAGGGGAGGGCUGGGGGUGUAAAGGGAGGGGUCUGGCCUGGGUUCACAUCCUGGUCCCACCCCCUCAGUGUGUGACUUUGGGCAAGUCACUUAACAUGACUGAGCUGUGGCUUCUCAUCUGUGCCUCCCUCUGAGGUCAUCAUGUGGACAAAGUGACAGUGCGCGUGACCCCUAGCACAGUGCCUGGCACGAUGCGCUGCCUGACCACGCCCAUGCUGCUUCGGGCCCUGGCCCAGGCCGCACGUGCAGGGCAUCCCAGUGGCCGGAGCCUCCACAGAAGCACAGUGGCAGCCACCUAUAAAUAUGUCAACAUGCGGGAGCCCUCAAUGGACAUGAAGUCGGUGACUGACCGGGCAGCUCAGACCCUGCUGUGGACCGAGCUCAUCCGAGGCCUGGGCAUGACCCUGAGCUACCUGUUCCGAGAGCCAGCCACCAUCAACUACCCAUUUGAGAAGGGCCCACUGAGCCCCCGCUUCCGCGGCGAGCAUGCGCUGCGCCGGUACCCGUCCGGGGAGGAGCGCUGCAUCGCCUGCAAGCUCUGCGAGGCCGUCUGCCCAGCCCAGGCCAUCACCAUUGAGGCUGAGCCUCGGGCCGAUGGCAGCCGCCGGACCACACGUUACGACAUUGACAUGACCAAGUGUAUCUACUGCGGCUUCUGCCAGGAGGCCUGCCCUGUGGAUGCCAUCGUUGAGGGCCCCAACUUUGAGUUCUCCACGGAGACGCACGAGGAGCUGCUCUACAACAAGGAGAAGCUGCUCAACAACGGGGACAAGUGGGAGGCCGAGAUCGCCGCCAACAUCCAGGCCGACUACCUCUACCGGUGACCGGCCCGCCGGCUGCCCCGAGGUCCCCUUCUGCCCAAUAAAAGAGCUCUGACCUCC